AUGAAUAACCUUAGAGUAUUCUGAAUUCCAGAUUGCCAGGCCUUCAAAGAGCUAAAGGAAAAGUACAUUGCUGUACUCAAGAAAGUUCAGAAUGCAGUUGGAAGAGAUCUCAGAGGAUUUCACUCUCCUUUAGCACUUCAGAACGUUCUUUUAACUUGGGAAUCAGUAAAGAGACAAACCCAAGAAAAUGACAAAGAUUUUACAUCAGAAGCAAGAGAUUCUUUCCACACCCGCAACAGGCACCAGGACUUCGAGAGAAAUUAGAUCCAGAACUUUCAGUUAGGACAUAAGCCAUGCACCUUUUUGUAACGAAAGUAUCUCUAUAAUUCUGAAUUAGUAAAAUCAUGAGACUUCUAGAUGUUCAUUAUGGCACCCUAGAAGCAUCGCUGUAUCAUCUGGUGAAUUUCAUAAGAUAUUGAAAAGUGAGGAAGAGUUCAAUAAUUUAAUAU